CCCUGGUCUUGUGACUCAGGCCGGAGCAGAGAGUCCAGGCUUUCGCCGCGCCGUGGUCGGUGGUCACUCGAGUUCCAGCCUCCGGUCCCGCGAGCCUUGUCGCUGGUGUCGCCGUCGCCGCCGUCUCCCCACCCUGAGGGAUCAUGGUGUGCUUCCGCCUUGCCCCUGUUCUGCGCGUCAAGCUUUUUCUCGUCUGCCUCGCCCUGGGGGCUGCCCAGCCUUUUACAUUGGAACUUAAUUUGACGAAUUCGGAAAAAGCCACUUGCCUUUACGCAAAAUGGCAGAUGAAUUUUACAAUACAGUAUGAGACUACAAACAACACUAAUAAUACUGUAAACAUUUCACCCCUUGACAAUGUGACAUAUAAUGGAAGUAACUGUGGGGAUGACCACACUGGUCCUAAAGUAGCUGUGCAAUUUCGAUCUGGUUUUUCUUGGAAUGUGAAUUUUACCAAGGAGACGCCUAAUUACUCAAUUGACAGAAUCUCAUUUUCCUACGACACCAAGGAUAACAAAACAUUUCCUGAUGCUAAAUAUAAAGGUAUUGUUACUGUCAGUGAUGCUGUGGCCGUCAAAAUUCCAUUGAAUGACAUCUUUAGAUGCAAUAGUUUAUUAAUUUAUGAAAAGAAUGAUGUUGUCCAGCACUAUUGGAGUAUUCUUGUUCAAGCUUUUGUCCAGAAUGGUACAGUGAGCAGAGAAGAAUUCCUCUGUGAGGAAGACAAAAGUCUUACAACAAUAGCACCCACCAUUGUGCCCUCACCUACUACAACUCCCACUCCAAAGGAAAGGCCCGAAGUAGGCAACUAUUCAGUGACUCAGGGCAACAGCACAUGCCUGCUGGCCACCAUGGGGCUCCAGCUGAACAUCACUCAUGAUAAGGUUGCUUCAGUUAUUAACAUCAACCCUAAUACAACUGACGUUACUGGCAGCUGCCAACCAAAAACAGCUGAGCUUAAGCUGAAUAACAGUGACAUCAAGUAUCUCGAAUUUGUCUUUGCUGUGAAAAAUGAAAACCGAUUCUAUCUGAAGGAAGUGAAUGCCAGCAUAGUUUUGGCAAAUGGCUCUGUUUUCAGCACUGCAAAUAACAGCCUUAGCUACUGGGAUGCCCCAUUGGGAAGUUCUUACAUGUGCAACAAAGAGGAUACCCUUUCAGUGUCUGAAGCAUUUCAGAUAAAUACUUUUGGCCUGAGGAUUCAACCUUUCAACGUGAAGGAAGGAGUGUAUUCUACAGCCCAGGAGUGUUCGCUGGAUGAUGACACCAUUCUAAUACCAAUUGUAGUUGGUGCUGGUCUUUCCGGCUUGAUAAUUGUUAUAGUGAUUGCUUACCUAAUUGGCAGAAGAAAGAGUUAUGCUGGAUAUCAAACUCUGUAAUACUAGUCCAUAUGUGAUCUGUGUUGCAGAAAUAAUAAAGCCAAGUACAAGUUCCAACAUGCAUUACUAUUGUUCAAUUUAAUGUACAUUUAGUUGUAAUCUCUGCUCUUAGAGAUUGGGAGAUAAUGAAUUCAAGCUAAAAUAUCAACCCUCCCCUGUAAAAAAAUUGAGAGCUGGGUGUGGUGGUGCACUCCUAUAAUCCCAGCACUCAGGAGGCUGAGACAGGCAGAUUUUUGCAGAUUUGAGACCAGCCUGGGCUACAAAGUCAGCCCAAGGCCAGCCUGAAUCUGAUAGUGAGAUCCUGUCUUAAAAAGACCAAAAAAAAAAAAAAAAAAAAAAAAAGGAAAAGAAAAAAAGAAAAGAAACAAAAAGAAAAACUAUGAACUACAAAUUAGCCAUGUGAUUUUUAGUUUCUGGAACCAAGAUAUAAAAGUUGUUAUUUUCAUAGCAAAACUUAUAUGCAAAAAAUCUGGAUUAGAGGUUCUAUUUUAUUGCCUUGAAUUAAUAUUUUAUCAGUUUCAUUUAAAUAGUCUGGCUAGAAAGAAAAAAAAAUGUUUUUGAAAAAAAUGUUUCCCUGCAUGAAUUAGGGCAACAUUCUACAGUGGAUUUGUACUUGCUGCUUUUGCAUUUUGUUGUGAUUUUGUUUGCAGGUUAACUUUGCUACUUUGGCAUUGCUGCAUAUUUAACCAAUGAGAGAGAUGCUAAUAGAUUUGCACAGGGCUUAGUAAUAUGUUUUUACCAGUGAAUGUUUUUCUCAUGCUUUUCAAUACAUUUUUGUUUAAUGUGGCCAUAAUGACAGAAGAUACAAAAACUUUAUAAAUUUUAGAACAGGUGUUACUCUUGCUUUAUCUUUUAAAAAACUGGACACAUGACAGUCUUUUAAAUUAUAAGACAGAAAUCUAUCCCAACUGGGCAUUUCAAACUAUUCUUUUAGGUGCUUUAGAGAUAAUGCUAUGCAGUGUCAACUGAGGGAAUUAGUCCUUUGUACCAAUAAAUUGCCCUCAACAUGUAGUACUAAAAUUAAUGAAGAUUUCUAUUAAUCUUCAAGUCUUCCUUGGUGGUGGUUAUAUAUUUUAUUCCCCCCCCCCACAGUGAGCCCCAUUUUUUUCUUCUCUCUCUCUCUCUCUCUCUCUCUCUCUCUCUCUUUCUCUGCCUGUUUUUGAGGCAGGGUCUCACUGUGCAGUUCAAACUGGCCUUGGGCUCACUUUGUAGCCCAGGGUAGUCUUGAACUUGCAAUGAUCCUCCUGUCUUAGCCUCCCAAGUGCUGAGAUUACAGACAUGUGCCACCACUCUUGGCUAUUUUUUUUUCUUAAAAUGCCAGUGUGUCCUACAAACUAGAUAAAGUAGUAUAUUUGCACUUAGAAAAUAACUCACACCUAACUCAACAUUUUGAUCUUAGUACAAUAAAGUUACUGGUUUCUAGUUUGCAAUAUUUAUUAAUUUGGCUUUCACAUUUAAAUGGUAUUGUGCUAGUCAAAACUCCACUGUUUUUGUUAUGGAAGUAUCAUUAAUUCAUGUACUUCAUUUAGUUUUGUGCUCUAAGAGAUGUACCAGUUGUGACUUGCUGUGUACCACCUAAUGCUUUAUAUAGCUUAGGAAAAUAUUUCAGCUUGACAGUUACCAUAUAAGUAUUCCUUGUAGUUUCUAGUUGAUCUUUUUUUUAUAUAUAUAUAAAUGCUGGUGAGGCUGAGCAAGUACUCUUAAAAAUAUUAAUAUGUAGCCAUAGGUAGAAGAUUCCUGUGGUUAUUUGGAGAGGGAAGAUUUUAUGUCUCUCAUUCAUGAGAAAAUGAGGAACUAUCUGGGUUCCAAAAUAUUAAUGUUGAGUGCAUCGGUACACAGACAUGCACGCCUGUGUACAUGAGCACACAUACAUAGGCAAUUGCAUGCUUACAUGUGUAUGUCUGUAAUUGUCUUUUGAGUUACAUUGGGGUGAUAAAUAUUUUCUUUCACUUAAAUUUGCUGUCCGUUUAGCCUGCAUACCUUAAGAUUUCUGACUAACCCCUUUCCUAGAGCUAUACUGAGUUGCAUUGCCAGCUUAAAACACUUCUUAAGAGUACAUAUGAGUUGGUUUAUUUUUAUUUAAACUGUUUUACUGUAAAAUUGUUAAUCUUACUAAAAUGGAUAAUGCUUUUAAGAAUGUGGGCCUUAGAUAUUUCUUGUGAAACAAAGACGCUUUUUUAAAAGUAAAAAUUGGAAGCACAAGUGGUCACACUGGCUUAAAUCUGUUAAUGUUUCUAAAAGUUUCUCCAUUUAGAGUAUAUAUCAGAUUGAUAUUAAAAAUACCUCUGAUAAGCACUGUUUUUUAGAAAAUCUGACUUCAGUGAAUAUUUUUGUAUUUUACAUGGGCCAGUUUAUAUAUUGCUAUUUACCCUAUUUCCUAUAGUCACAUGUUCUCUGUACCUUUUGUAGUUUUUGUUUUGCUUUACUGGGUUUGUGCCUUGAUGGUAUUACACUAUUUAGUUCGGGGUGCUUUUCAUAUUUUACCAUUUCCACAAAGAAACUGGUCCAUGUAAAUGCUUUCCAUGUUUUCCCGUCAAAUGUUAAAACCACUAGUUGAUGUAUGGUACCGCUCUUUAGAUAUUUGCUUGUCUGUUUGCUCAACAUUGCUUCUAAAAACAAUAAAGAUUCUUUUAUUUCUUAAGGAAA